CUUUCUUUCCGGUUGUUCUAAAGGUGCGGAUGUGUAUAAAAUUCGUGCCGUCUUAAUUUGCCGAAAUACUUGGCAUCCUAACAUAUUAUCUUUUUUUUAUUGUUCAUUACAGUGAAGUGAAUCCUCAAUCGCUAAAAUAUGGCCGACGUUGAUGUUGAUGUGCCCUCCGCAGCCCCCGUCCUCGAUGGCGCCAUGGACAUUAACACUGCCCUGCAGGAAGUGCUGAAGAAGUCUCUGAUUGCUGAUGGUCUCGUGCAUGGCAUCCACCAGGCCUGCAAGGCCCUGGACAAACGUCAGGCCGUUCUGUGCAUUUUGGCCGAGUCCUUCGAUGAGCCCAACUACAAAAAACUGGUCACUGCCCUGUGCAACGAGCAUCAGAUCCCCCUGAUCCGCGUGGACUCGCACAAGAAGCUCGGCGAAUGGUCCGGCCUGUGCAAGAUCGACAAGGAGGGCAAGCCCCGCAAGGUGUGCGGCUGCUCAGUGGUGGUCAUCAAAGACUUUGGUGAGGAAACACCCGCUUUAGAUGUGGUUAAGGACCAUCUCAGGCAGAACAGCUAGAUCACAUGCUGUCCCCUGUCUGUUGAAUGAGAGACUACGUGAGAGUUUUUUAUGCUAAUAAAAAUAAAAACGUAAAAAAUCCAUUAAAUAAAAGAAAUUUACCCUUUUA